AUGGCGCUGCGCGAUCUCCCGGGCCUUACUCUGCUGCUGCUGCCGCUGCUGGCGCCCGGGCUCUCGGCCGGGGACUGCCCGUGCUCCGAGGCUGCGCUCUGCCGACCGAUCCGCCACCGCCGCGACUUCGAGGUCUUUGUAUUUGAUGUUGGACAGAAGACAUGGAAAUCUUAUGACUGGUCACAGAUUACAACUGUAGCAGUUUUUGGAAAAUAUGACUCGGAACUUAUGUGCUAUGCUCAUUCAAAAGGAGCCAGAGUAGUGCUAAAAGGUGAUGUCUCCCUGAAGGAUAUCAUUGAUCCUGCCUUCAGAGCAUCAUGGAUAGCUCAAAAAGUUAAUUUGGCCAAAGAACAAUAUAUGGAUGGAAUUAAUAUAGACAUAGAACAAGAAGUUAGUUGCUUAUCACCUGAAUAUGAAGCAUUGACAGCUCUAGUCAAAGAAACCACAGAGAGUUUCCAUCAUGAGAUUCAGGGAUCACAGGUAACCUUUGAUGUAGCUUGGUCACCAAAGAACAUAGACAAAAGGUGCUAUAAUUACACAGGAAUUGCGGGUGCCUGUGAUUUUCUCUUCGUGAUGUCUUACGAUGAGCAAAGUCAGAUCUGGUCAGAAUGUAUUGCAGCAGCCAAUGCUCCCUAUAAUCAGACAUUAACUGGAUAUAAUGACUACAUCAAGAUGGGCAUUAGCCCUAAGAAACUCGUAAUGGGUAUUCCCUGGUAUGGCUAUGAUUAUACCUGCCUGAAUCUAUCACAGGACGAUGUGUGCACCAUUGCAAAGGUCCCUUUUCGAGGGGCCCCUUGCAGUGAUGCUGCAGGACGGCAGGUACCUUACAAAGUGAUCAUGAAGCAAGUGAAUAGCUCUGUUUCCGGAAGCCAGUGGAGUAAAGACCAGCAAGCUCCUUAUUAUAACUACCAGGAUCCUGCUGGCCAUUUGCAUCAAGUGUGGUAUGAUAACCCCCAGAGCAUUUCACUAAAGGCAGCAUAUGUCAAAAACUAUGGCUUGCGGGGCAUUGGCAUGUGGAAUGCAAACUGUCUUGACUACUCAGAAGAUGCUCUAGCAAGAGAGCAAACAGAAGAGAUGUGGGAAGCUUUAAAACCAAGGCUCUGAUGGAGAGAGGAGCACCUUCUGUCAGACUAUUAGAUUUUGUAAGAAUGAGCUGUUUAAGUGGAUCUAACUUGUUGCAGAGAUAAAAAAUGUGUAUAUUU